UCAUCACAUGGCGAUUACAUUUUGUAAACAGUCAGCGGCAGUUCAUAGGGAGGAAAAAAAAGAAGCCAUGGAUGAUCUUGUGAAGGUUCACGGGGGCGGCGGUUAUGACUCUGACUUCAGUGAUGAAGAUGGACAGGGAGAGUCCUCACAGAGAGGCCUUAAAAGGAAACAUGAGGAGGAAAUCUUACAGAAGCCGUUUCAGAAAGGUCGCCACUCUAAGGUGGCUCACCGCAGCUUGCACUCAAAUGAAGUGGACAGAGAAGAAGCCCAGAACAGACGAGCCCAUCUGAUAUCCAUGAACGCCUUUGAGCGGCACAAGAAGUUUGUCGGUGAUUACAUACUGUACUACGGGGGACAGAUGGUUGACUUCAAGCGCUCAGUAGCCAAGGACAAAACAGAUCUAGACGUGCUGCGUGAAAACCAUCGUUUCCUCUGGAGGGAUGAGGACGAGGAGGACAUGACAUGGGAGAAAGAAUUGGCCAAAAAGUAUUAUGACAAGCUGUUUAAAGAAUACUGCAUAGCUGACCUCAGCAGAUACAAGGAAAACAAGUUUGGAUUUCGAUGGCGGACAGAGAAUGAAGUCGUCUCUGGAAAAGGUCAGUUCCAGUGUGGAAACAAGCGCUGCGAGAAGGAGGAAGGCCUCAAAAGCUGGGAGGUGAAUUUUGCCUACGUUGAACACGGGGAGAAGAGAAACGCACUGGUCAAACUCAGACUUUGCCCUGAAUGUUCUUUCAAACUCAACUACCAUCACAAGAGGAAGGAGGUGAAAGCAAAACCAAAGACUGAAAUGCUCUUGGAUCAGAACCAGAAGCCAGCGAAAGCAAAAGCAAAGAAGAAAAAGAGAUCGUCGUCACAUUCGAAGAAGCACAAACACAAGAAGCACCGAGAUCGCUCCACCUCUUCCAGCAGCUCAGAGGAAUUGCAAAACUCGGAUAAAGACUCUGACGCUGGGGAUGAGCCAGAGGACCAAUCAGAAGGCGACCACUGGCGAGGACCUGCCCCUGCAGUGGAGGAAAAGUCGAGGGAGGAAGAGUUUGAUGAGUACUUUGAAGACAUGUUUCUUUGAAUCCGCUGGAAUCAGUGACUUCCCUGCUGCGACUACACUUCUGUGUCUUCUGAAUACUUAAAGGUGUUCUGUUUGAGUCUUGACUGUAUGUAGGUUUAUUUCACUGCGAGUUCCAUUACUGCCAAUGAAAUAAACAUCGUGUUUACAUGGC